AGGUGUAGUAUAAUGUACAGGCAAAAUGCCUUUAUAUAGGUUAAAGGGUUUGAUAUGUUUUAUUUUAUUUUUAUUUUUUAAUCAGAAAAAGAAGAGUCCUCUCGAAUUAUGGUUCCAAGAAGAGAACAAUAUGUUCUUUCUACCAAACUAUGCUCACAAAUAUUCGUUUAGUGAAACAAUUGAGUAAAUACAUUUCUAUAUGUAACAUUAAACCCUUGUUCCCACAAAAUGUUCGUUUUAUGCGCGCACAGUCAAUAUAGAAGAACACAAUUUUUUCUCUCUAGAAAGAAAAAGUUGUUCUACACUGAUUACGAAAGAAUGGAAGGAUAAUUAUAGAAAAGUAAUUUUAAUGAAAGAGCAACCAACGUAACCAUGAACAAAGCUUUCUUUCCCUUACAAUAUCAUGGUCGGUAGCAAAAACAACGAAGAAGAACAGCUUUUUCCUAAUCUUCGUCUUUUAAAAAUAAUAAUAAAAAAAAAAUAAGUUAAGUAAAAUUCCCAGUGUGUCUCUACGUUACUCAAUAUACAUACAAUUCUUUUCUUCCCAUCAUCCGGAAGGCUUCUUUUGUGUGCGUAGGAAAACGUAGCAUCUUCUCGCAAAAGAGCAGUUAAAGAAUAUGCAAGGACAGCAAACAAGAAUCGCAACGAACUGUCUUCGUCAGGGCUGAUUGAGGACCGACUUUGUAUUGCUGUUUGAAACAGAUUUGUUGUAACAAAACUGGGAUGAUUUAGUAAGUUUCGACAAACACUUUGGAACUUACGGGAAAUUAUUACGUGGUUGUUUUGGAAAGAAAGCUGGAGGUGUUUUUCAUUAAAAUAUCUAUAUCUAUAUAUAAUCAUAAUAAAUAAUCUAGAAAGGUUCAGAAACAAUGAAUUCAGAAAAGGAGGUUUGGGAUGACUCGGAACUUCGAAUCGCUUACGAAACAGCUUUGGCAGAAUACAAAAAGUAUCACAGUCUCGAAGCAGAAAAGUCCCAAACUCAGGUCCAGCCUCGAGAUGAAACACUAGAAAAGCAGGAAACAACAUUUGUGGAUCACAAAGAUGAGGAUACUUCUCGGGCGGAAUCCAAUACAGAUGUCGCAGAGGAGGGGCAAAUAGUUAAAGAUGAAAAAGACCAUAGUCCCCAAGAAGCUGAAAACGGUGUUUUCAACACUUCCAUUCCACCAUCUGCAAACACUGAACAAUUACCAACUAUCCCCCCUCCACCCCCUAUUCAAGGUUUAACAUAUGAUGAAACUUACCGGAGGUUAUUGAUGAGUUGGUACUACGCUGGCUAUUAUGCGGGCCUUGCUCAGGGCAUGCACCAAAGUCAAUCAUAAACUAGCAAUACCACCUUUGGAAUUGAAUACCAAUUUCCUUAAAGUAUUAUGUAAUGGUUCAAUACUCUUUCUUAGAAUCUCUGUUCUCCAAUUCUCCCUACCAACAUAGUAACUCUAACAUUAGCAAUUUGUGUUGUUUACAUUUGGAAAAGUUUCACGUUACUUCUACUUUUAUUUGAGUCAUGCUUUUUUAUCUAGUUGUACUUUGUUCAACUAUAAUAAACUAUCUUUAUAUAAUGAAGAAACUCUGUUCUACCUAGUUACUUACUGAAAUCUUUUCCAUUUUACAUGAAGGAAAAAAAUCUAACUUUGUUUAUUUGCAUACUCUAAGGCAAUAUAUUGUAACAAUCGCUACAUAGUACAACGAAGAAUAGAGAUCUCCCGUAUUCUCGUCUAGGAAUCCCA